CUUCUUUCCUAAUUCCAAAUUGUUCUGAAAUCCUGUUGAAACCAUUGUUUUUCAGCUUUCCAAUCGAUCGCUGUAAUUGGGUUUUGCGACAUUACUUUCCUUAUAAUUCUCGUACUCACUGUGAUCGAAUUCGAGAUCUCUUUUGUGAUCGAAUUCCUUCUAGUUUCGUUCUGGGUUGUUUGACAUCCAAAGGGAUAUAGAAUUUCUGGGGUUUUUCUCUGUUGGCUUAAAGAAUCGAUUUUUUUUUCGAUUUAGGUCAGUCCCAGAGAUUCCUUCAGAUUUUUCAUUGGGUCGUUGCCUGCUGAAUUUUGCUAGUAUUCUGCUAAGUCUUUGGUUUAAAAAGAGAAGAUGGCUUCUGUAGUUGUUGGUUGUCGCUUCCAACCGACUGACGAGGAGUUGGUUUCUCACUAUUUGAAGAGGAUGAUUUUAGGACUUCCAUUUACCGAAGAGGAGAAGAGAAUUUUCACCGCUAAAAAUCUGUAUGGGGAUAAUGGCACCCCAUGGGAGUUAUUAACAGACGAUCUUCCAUGGCAUAAGGUGCUGAAUUCCAAUAGAGACAUUGGGUCUCAGAAAGUCAUCUAUGUUUUCACUUUCCUGACCAAGGCUGCCAAGAAAAAUUCCAACCACAGUAAGAAUAGAAACAGAGUAGCUGGUUGUGGCACUUGGAAUGUUAACUCUUCCGCCAAGCCAGUCAGGGACAACUGCGGAUUCGGAAGGAAAAUUGGAGAAAGUAAGAAUUUCACCUUUGAAUCUGCAGAACAAACUGUUGGGCAGUGGACCAUGACAGAGUAUUCCAUCGAUGCAGCUGCCAAUGGGAUUCCGGAAGUCCAGGGAAUAAAUUACUCUGACUAUGUGCUAUGCAAGAUUAAAAGGGACGAUUCCAAAUCGUCCAAGGGAGGAAGAAUUGUGUCUCGCAAGAGAAAGAAUGAGAAUCUGCUGCGGGAACAAGCGGGACAGAACUUAAAAAAGAAGAAGAUGCAAUCAGUUAGCCGCAAUGAGGACUCGAGUGUGUGGACUGGUGAGGAAACAUUGUUGAACAAUGAGGAGGCUGGAAUCUCUUGCAGGUCAUACAGUUGUGGUAAUGGUGCUCCAUUGCUGAUGAAUCUAGGGGAUUCCGAUAUGGUGGCUACUGAUAAUGAACAGAGUUCCGGGAAGAUGAUGGAAGCAGUAAGCAGCUGUGAAGAUUUGAGUGUGGUUACUUGUUGUGAUGAUAAUGGUGCAAUGGAUUUGUGUAAUGAUGAAGGGACCGGCGAUAAUGGUGUCCCUUUGCUGAUAAAUGAGGUGGAUCCUGAUGAUGUAGCAACUGCUGCUAGUCCAUCCACAUGUUGGAAUAUUCCUCUUGAUGAACCAUUCUUGGAUGAUCCAAGCUUUUUUGAUUUCAACAUUGAUUCUUUCCUGAACCAAAUGGUGGAAUGCAAUUGA